AAAAAANAAAAAAAAAGCCCUGAUCAUUCCAAGAUUCCUCUGACGAUUCGAAGUAGCUAAAGCUUACUGCGGCGGAACAAGAAGAUGUCGACGAACACGGCGGGGGAUGGGGAUUCCGGGGUGGUGGUGGCGGAGAUGGCUGAAGGUCAGUACGUGAAGGCGAAGACGUCAGUGUGGUGGGAUAUAGGGAAUUGUCAAGUCCCAAAAGGUCAUGACGCUCAUGGAAUUGCGCAGAACGUUACAUCGGCGCUUGGUAAGAUGAACUACUGUGGUCCCGUUUCAAUCUCUGCUUAUGGAGAUACCAAUCUUAUCCCUUUAGCCAUCCAGCACGCUCUUAAUUCUACUGGUAUCGCUCUCAACCACGUCCCUGCCGGUGUGAAGGAUGCGAGUGAUAAGAAGAUUCUAGUGGACAUGUUGUUUUGGGCAUUGGACAAUCCUGCUCCUGCGAAUUUUAUGUUGAUUUCAGGAGACAGAGACUUCUCCAAUGCUCUACAUGGAUUGAGGAUGAGACGUUACAAUAUACUGUUGGCUCAGCCUCUCAAAGCAUCAGUGCCGCUUAUUCAUGCUGCAAGGACUGUGUGGCUUUGGACUAGCCUAUCUGCUGGAGGAUGUCCUCUCACGCCAAGCGAAAGCUCACAACUUGUUCUCAAUUCCACUCUUCAAUCUUCUUCUGUGUCUAGUUCAUCAAGCCAACCUCUGGAUUCUAACAACAAAUCAAAGGUUAAAUACGUUCCAAAACCAUCAAAUCAGCAGCCUAAAGUCCAGGAAAGUAAGCCUAACAAUAACUACCGUCAGCAACAACAGAACAACACUCAAGGGAAACAGUUUAAGAAAGCCCCACAUGAGUUUUUUGCCAGUAGCCAGCAGCAGCAGCCCUCUAGCAGACCUCCUCCCAAUUUACAACCCUCUAGCAAUGUUAACCCUUUCCCUGGUAAUGUCAUGAGUAAUCAUCCUCAGAAUCAGUUACAGUACAACUAUCCUCCUAGACCUGGUCCUCCUUUUCCUCCUAGACAACCUUACCCUAACCCUGAUCCUUCUUGGAAUAAUGGAAAUAAUAGCAUUCCAAAUCAUGCUCAAAACUAUUAUCCCAAUGCUGUCAGGCCAGGUGCUCCUAAUAUGCAGCCACCUUAUGGUAAUGUUUUCCGCCCCUAUCGCCCAGAGAACCUGCAGCCUCCUACUGGUAAUGGUUUCCGUCCUAUGCACGGGCCUAGGUUUUCGUCUCCACCUCUCUUGACUGCACCUGAUAUCAGCAAUCUAAGUGUGUCUCAAUAUCCUAGUCAAACUCAAAAUCGUCCCAACUUCAACCAUCAAGUUAGACAAGAAUACAGACCAAAGAUGGAGUCCUCAUUCUCUCCUAGCUUAAACGGUCCAAAUAACGGUUAUCUUCCACGGAGUAGUAGUGCCCCAGUAACUCAGUCUACGUCCACUCCUGGAGUUUCGCCUUCUCAGCCUCCAGUGGUUACUGGGUCUGGGACCAGCAAUGGUAUGUGGGGAACGCAAGAGUGUCCACCACCAUCUGAGUAUGUUCAAGGCCUUAUAGGUGUUAUCCUACAUGCUCUUAACAUCUUGAAAACUGAAAAAGUUUCGCCUACCGAGCCUAAUAUCUCGGAUUGCAUUCAGUACGGGGAUCCAAAGCAUCGUGGUACUGAUGUAAAGAAGGCUUUGGACGGUGCAUUAGAGCACCAUAUGAUCAUGGUGAAUAAUGUAGGUAAACUAAAGCUCUACAUUGGCAGAAACGAAACUCUAUGGAACUGUGUAAACCCUUUAGGGGGAAACCCUAAGAAAUACCCAAAAGCAACUUGGGAUAGACUACAAAAGUUUCUAACCUCAUCUCCUGGGCGGGCAGCGUUUACAGCAACUCAGUGCAGGUAUGAAGCUGCACAAGUUCUGAAAAAGGAAUGUCUAAAAGAGCUUACUUUAGGUGACAUACUGCAGAUCUUGAAUAUAACAGCAACCACAAAGAAAUGGAUUAGUCAUCAUCAAACAGGAUGGAAACCAAUUACUAUUAGUCUUGAUGCAGAGACCACAAACGAGACAGCAACCGAAACGGAUACAGGUAUCCAAACCGAUGCCUAAAAUUCAAUCUUUGUUCCAUGAAAUAUUGAAGGAGUAGCAGCCAUAAGCAGAGCAUAUAUGGGUACUACUUUUAAUAUUAGAGAGCACUAAGACAUGGAAAAUGGUGUUUUUCAUAUCUAAAACUUCAGAAUGAGUUGAUUCUGAAGUCUAAGUACUAGUUUUCUGAAUAGUAGCAGCACUAUCUUCUUUUCUUUUCAUUUUACUUUGGUCGGUUUAGUCUAGAGGAUAGAAGGGUAAAACAAUUGGGGGUGGUUUAAGGUUUGGAUCUAUUAGUCAUGUGUUAGUACAUGGUUGGGUUCAUAGAAGCCUUAAGCGUUGUCAUCACCAAGAAGAUUGCACAAUUUCAUGGUGAGAGAAUGAUAAACAUGUGAUUGGGAACCUCUGCAUCACCUAAGUGUUUCUACAUUAGUUACAGUUGUUUUGUUUCUUUUGGUCUUAAGAGGUUACAGUUAAUUUUCGUGAAAUCCCACUGUCGCUGGAGUGAUAAUAUCUGUAAUUUCUCCUCUUCUUUUCUUUUUAGUUAAAUCUUAUGUCUUAUUCUGAACCAUAAACUUCCGUUUAUGUAUUGUAUAUCAUUUCUACGGGUACUUUUGAUUGUUUUUAAUCAAACAAUUAUGCGAA